AUGUCACUGGUAAAGUGCUCGACCAUCUUAGUGGCAAUUAAGGAAGCACCUCCAUAUGUAGCCUUAUCUUAUGCGUGGGGGGAUCCAAGUGUGACGAAGGAAGUCCUCCUGGACGAGAAGAGGGUCGAGGUGACAGCAAGUCUCGAGAGCGCAUUGCGGCAUUUGAAGAACAGUGUCGACUCAUCCCUGGCCUUAUGGGUCGAUUAUCUGUGCAUCGACCAAGGAAAUGAAGUUGAGAAGGCACAGCAAGUGUCACAUAUGCGUGAUAUUUACGCAACUGCUUCGAGAGUCGUCGUAUGGCUUGGCGUGCAAGAGACCAUUCAGGAUAUCGGGCUCGCUAUCGACUGGAUCGACCAUUUCGGGGAUCGUGCUCACAGAUUGGGCAUCGGAAGGACCCCUGCUCGAGUUUUGCGAAAGCUGCUAUCGCCAACGGAUGAUCAUCCAUCAGGAGCAGUGGAGGAGCUUGAUCAACGAGAUAUAUCGGACUUUGUGGAGAGCCUCACAACCAGCCUCGACGCUAGCAGAAACCCUCACUAUGAGCGGCUGAUGGCAGCUCUCCAAGGAUUUCUGUCAGUCGCAUACUGGAGGCGAAUCUGGGUCGUGCAAGAAUUCACAGUUGCUACAUCGCACGAGUUCAUUUGCGGCUCUAGAUCGUUCGAUUUCAUGUGCCUUCACUAUGCUUUACGAGUUCUGCGGAACUUCAAGUACUGGCAAUUGACAACUACGGCAACAGAAGUAUCGCAGCAGCAUCACUUGAUCGACCACAAAACGGCAAUUCCAAUCGAUACUCGUUGUGCCAUGAGCUUGUUUAAAACAUACCAUGACGGGAAGUCAGAUCUCAUGCUUCUACUAAGCAGAUUCACUCAUUUCAAAUCUUCAGAUCCACGGGAUAGGAUCUUUGCAUUGCUCGGGAUCGCUGGAGAUGCCGGUGAGCUCGGUAUUGUGCCAGACUAUACCAAGACGUGCGCACAAGUGUACACUGAAGCUGCAAGGGCGUUGGUAGAGCAUGGAUUUUUCGACAUUUUCUCAUAUUGCAUAUAUCCCCACAUUGGGCCACAAAAUAUGCAAAGCUGGGUUCCUGACUGGUCACGAGUACAGACCCGCUACCCCUUGCAGGAGAGGAUAACGAAGGUACAUAAAAGCAGCUGGCUACAGCCCGACUUCCACGCCUCCAAGCAUCUGGGUCAACCGACGUUGCACUUGGAUAAAACAGGCAUCUGGAAUACUGCCCUGCAGUUGCAGACUAUCGAAGUGUGCACUGUUACUGCAGUGGGUAGCCCAUGGGAGACAGAAGGCCAUGGUAAAUGGCUACAUAGUCUCCAAGUGCUUGCUAUGUUUGCGUCGCCAUAUACCUGCGAUCAUGAUAAAACGACGCACGCGAUUUGGUCAACAGCUUUAGCAGGUCAACAGCUUCGUAAAGAAGACACGAAGCCCAGAAUAUCUGCGGAGACCAUAGUUGAGCUUGAUCGCGCGGUAGGGGGCAAGUGUUUAAGCAAUGUCACAUCCUCUACCUUGGUUAACGCUGGAAUGGCUUCGUUCGCAGAAGCGAUGCAAGUAGUCGGCCAUGGCCGGCGUACCUUUUCAACAUCCACAGGCAAGCUGGGCUGCGGUCCUCAAGAGAUACAAGUCGGUGAUGUGAUAGUGAUCGUGACGGGAGCCCAAGUGCCUUGCGUGGUAAGGAAGCGAACCGAUAUUGAUCGUUAUCUUAUGUUAGGCGAAGCCUAUGUGCACGGCUACAUGGACGGCGAGGCAGUCGACUCUGAUGCAAUCAUCGAUUCGCUACUGUUGUGCUGA